UGUGUGCACUCCAGCUCAGCGUUCAGUGUGGCAUAGACCCUCGAGGCUUCUUCCUCUCUUUUCUCUCUGUUUCCUAUCAGCUAGGUAGCUAACCCACACCACCAGCAGCCAUGGAUGCCAUCAAGAAGAAGAUGCAGAUGCUCAAGCUCGACAAGGAGAAUGCCUUGGACAGAGCAGAGCAGGCUGAGGGAGAUAAGAAGGCAGCAGAGGACCAUGGCAAGCAGCUGGAGGAUGAUCUGGUGGCCCUGCAGAAGAAACUGAAGUCCACAGAGGAUGAGCUCGACAAAUACUCUACAGCCCUCAAGGACGCACAGGAGAGUCUGGAGCUGGCGGAGACCAAGGCCACAGAUGCUGAGGCUGAUGUGGCCUCCCUGAACAGACGUAUCCAACUGGUUGAGGAGGAGUUGGAUCGCGCUCAGGAGCGUCUUGCCACUGCACUGCAGAAGCUGGAGGAGGCUGAGAAGGCCGCAGAUGAGAGCGAGAGAGGCAUGAAGGUUAUUGAGAACAGGGCUGCCAAGGAUGAGGAGAAGAUGGAGAUGCAGGAGAUCCAGCUGAAGGAAGCCAAGCACAUUGCUGAGGAGGCUGACCGCAAGUAUGAGGAGGUGGCUCGUAAGCUGGUGAUUGUUGAGGCUGAGCUGGAGCGUACAGAGGAGCGCGCUGAGCUGUCUGAAGGUAAGUGCGCUGAGCUGGAAGAGGAACUGAAAACUGUGACCAACAACAUGAAGUCUCUGGAGGCCCAGGCUGAGAAGUACUCUCUGAAAGAAGACAAGUAUGAGGAGGAGAUCAAGGUCCUGACUGACAGACUGAAGGAGGCUGAGACCCGUGCUGAGUUCGCUGAGAGGACCGUGGCUAAACUGGAGAAGACCAUUGAUGAUCUUGAGGAUGAGCUGUAUGCCCAGAAACUCAAGUACAAGGCCAUCAGCGAGGAGUUGGACCAUGCCCUCAACGACAUGACAUCCAUAUAAAUUGCUUCCCUUUCCUCACCGAUGCGUUCUGGCUGAGGGGCUUCACUUUCUUCACCACAUCUCUGUCCUCUCUCUCUGUGUUCUUCUGUCUUCUCUAUCACUCCAUCCUUCCUGUGUGGGGCAAGGCAACAAAGCACUGCCAUUACAUAGUGUGGUGCCUAAGGCUUUGAAUCAUUUUGCUUUCUGUAAAAUAAACUUUCAUCCAUCUGUUGCUCCCUUCCUCUUCUUUUUGUUUCUUUCUUUUUAUUUCUAUAAUGUCCUUAAUUUAUUUUUGAGUAGCUUCAAUAAAAUCAAAAGAAAGCUCAA